GUCACGGGGGGAGCGUGCUGGCCCCGGCUCGGUGACCGCGCCGCCCCAUGCGCCGCCGCCCCGUCCGUCUGUGACACGCGACAGGAUGGCCGCCGCGCGCUGGCUGCCGCUCGCGCUGGCCGCCCUCUUGCUGCUGCUCCGGGUCCCUCGGACGGCCGACGCUGCGGCAUGCAAGGGCUGCGUGGUACAGAACUGCAUUUGCGAAGGAGACAAGGGCUAUGUGGGCAACCCGGGCAUCCCGGGCCUGCAAGGCUCGCAGGGCUACCCCGGCGACACGGGGCCCGAGGGUCCGGGUGGCCCGUCCGGCAUGAAGGGCUCGCGUGGCGAGGAAGGUGGCCAGGGAGCCAAGGGCUACCGCGGCCGCCAGGGCGCCGCCGGCUUCCGAGGAGCGCCGGGAAUCGCUGGUCUGCCGGGGAACGAAGGUUCUCGGGGCGCGCUCGGCUUCCCUGGCUGCAACGGCACGGACGGCCAGCCGGGUCUGUCGGGUCUGCCCGGCCUCACCGGCCCUCGGGGGCAGCCAGGGCAGGACGGCCUUCGGGGCCCCCAGGGAGACCCGGGAGACGGCGGCGCCAACUCGGUCGGCAUCAAGGGCGAGCAGGGCACCGCGGGUCGACCGGGCGGAGGCGGUUUGCCUGGACUACCGGGACCAAAAGGCUACACAGGAUUUCAGGGAGAUCCGGGACUCAGGGGCCCGCCUGGUCCCGACGGGCUUUCUGGCUUCAAGGGCGUGAAGGGCGCCGCUAAAGUGGGUCCUAAAGGUGAAAAGGGCCAAGGCGGAGAAAGAGGACCGCCAGGUCAGCCUUUCACUUUCGCAAACCAGCCCCCAGGAAUAUCAACUAUACCGGGCCGCAUAGGACCGGAUGGGGCCAGGGGCCCUCGAGGAAGCAAGGGCCCGCGUGGCCCGCCCGGGGAGGACGGCAGGGCCGGCGUGCGGGGCCCCAGCGGCCAGAAGGGCAUGCGUGGCCAGCGGGGCCAUGAAGGCCGGCGCGGCAAGCAGGGCCGCCCCGGCCAGUCGGGCCAGUACGGCGACAAGGGUUCCAAGGGCGCGCCAGGCUUUAGCGGCCUCGACGGCGGGUUCGGCCGCCGGGGCAGCCUCGGCGAGCCGGGCCGGCCGGGCACGCCCGGCACGCAGGGCGACGUUGGGCCUAAGGGCUUCUACGACCCGGCCAUCGCUGAGGAGAUGAAGGGCUCACAGGGCGUACAGGGUGACCUCGGCUUCCCUGGCCGGCCUGGCGAGCCGGGCCAGCCGGGCCGCACCGGCCAGGUCGGCCCGCUUGGCUUCGUGGGGCCGCCGGGGCCGCGCGGCAGGCCGGGCGACAGCGGCGCGCCGGGCCUCGUCACGCCUGGUAACCCGGGCGAGGAUGGCCAGCCGGGUCCGGCCGGGCCGCCCGGGCUUCCCGGCGCCGCCGGCCCGGCCGGCUUCCCCCGCCCGAAGGGCCAGCAGGGCGCCGUGGCUAUCGGCGAGCCAGGCCGAGACGGCAUCCCCGGCCGACCGGCGCUCGACGGCCUGCCUGGCGACCGAGGCGACCCCGGCUUCGCAGGUCCCAAAGGCAUACCGGGCAUCGGAGUGAGGAAGGAGGGUCCGGAGGGUGCACCGGGCCUGCCCGGCCCGCCCGGACCGGCCGGCGAGGCCGGCAGGGACGGACCGAGAGGUCCGACCGGCGUUCCAGGGCGCCGUGGCGACGACUGCCUGCCCCAGAGCCUGACGCCGUGUGAGAAGGGCAAGGCGGGCGACGACGGGCGCCCCGGCCUGCAGGGGGCACCGGGUCUACAGGGACCUCGCGGCCAGGACGGCGGCCCAGGACGUCGCGGCCUGCCCGGCAGAACCGGCUUCCCCGGUCUCGACGGUUUGCCCGGCUCGGCAGGUCUGGCCGGCCGGGACGGUCAGAAGGGCGCCGCUGGCGUGCUCAUCUUCGAGGACGCCAAGCAGGGCCCGACCGGCGAGCUGGGUGGGAUGGGGUCGGACGGCCUGCCCGGCGAUGUCGGCCCUCAGGGCCCUGACGGCCUGCCCGGGCUGUCCGGCACACCAGGCUUCAAGGGCGAACUGGGUGACUUCGGCGACCAGGGAAUACCAGGACGGGACGGUCUGGAUGGCAGACCCGGCAGAGACGGUGAGGACGCCAAUCCCAACCAGAAGAUCUUCCUCACUGGCGACAAGGGCCUGCGUGGCUUCGACGGCGUACGUGGAUCGGACGGAGAAGAGGGAGAAGCUGGAGAACCCGGAGACUCCCUGGGAGAAGAGAGACGAGGACCGAGAGGGCUUAGAGGAGAGCCUGGCUUUCCAGGCAUCAGCCCGGCCGGCGCCAAAGGCUUUGGCGGCGACCCGGGCGUGCCGGGCCGCCGUGGCCCACGCGGCCCCGCCGGCCGCUCCGAGCGCGGCGCGCUCGGUCUGAAGGGCUACCCGGGCAUCCCGGGCGACCGCGGCCUGGACGGCCGCGCCGGCGAGCCGGGGCUACGAGGACAAGACGGCUUCCCGGGAGCGCCGGGCCGCAAGGGCGAGCGCGGUAACGACGGCCAGCGGAUCCUGCCGGGCGUGCCGGGCUUCGACGGCAUACCGGGCGGACCUGGCGAGGCCGGCGAACUCGGCGCCACCGGGCCGCCCGGCCCGCUCGGUCGGCGCGGCGCCGUCGGCUUCCCCGGCGAGAAGGGCUCGCCCGGCUUCCAGGGUCGACCAGGACGGCAGGGCGCGCGCGGACGGCAGGGCGAGGUGGUGCCCGGCUUCCCGGGUCUGCCGGGGCCGCGCGGUAUGCCCGGCCUGCCCGGCCUGUUCGGCUUCCCCGGGCAGAAGGGCAACGACGGCCUGCCCGGCGGCGUGGGACUGCCCGGCCCGGACGGCGAGGACGGUCGGCCGGGCCUGCCCGGCAUGGACGGCUUCCCCGGCCGGACGGGCCUACCCGGCCGCCAGGGCACGCGUGGCCUGCCUGGCCGCGAUGGCGCCAAGGGCAUGCGAGGCAACGAUGGGCCGCGGGCAGGCCCCGCGGGCCCCAAGGGCUUCCCGGGCCGUCCGGGCUUCUCGGGCGCGCCGGGGCCGCUCGGCGAGGAGGGCUUGCCGGGCGCGCCUGGCCUGGACGGCGAGCAGGGCCUGGCCGGACAGCGGGGCGACUUCGGACCGCCGGGAGCGGACGGCCUGCCCGGCGACGACUCGGCCCGUGGCGAGCCGGGCCCGCCCGGCCUGGACGGCCUGGACGGCCUGCCCGGCCGGCCGGGCAACACCGGCGCUGUCGGCCGGCCGGGCGCCCAGGGCGCUCCCGGCGACAGCGAGGACGGCCUCCCCGGUGAGCCCGGCCUUGCGGGCGAGCAGGGACGGCCCGGCCGCUUCGGCUUCGACGGCCAGAAGGGCGCGCCGGGCGAUGUCGGCAGACCUGGCCCCGCCGGCGCAGCAGGAGAGGACGGCUUCCCCGGCCAGUCUGGCCGGCCCGGCCAGCCCGGCCGCUUCGGCCUGAAGGGAGCGCGCGGGGACGCCGGUGCUGACGGGUCCGCCGGAAACGACGGCCGACCCGGCCUCCGCGGCGAGCCUGGUCGGGGCGGCCUGAGAGGCCUGUCUGGCGCCCCAGGACGGCAGGGCCAGCAGGGCCUGCCCGGCUUCCCCGGCUUGAAGGGUCAGUUCGGUGUGAACGGCAGCCCCGGCCUGCCCGGCCUGGAUGGCACCCCCGGAGACUCGGGCUUCGCGGGCCUGAAGGGCAGCGCGGGCCGGCCCGGCCUGGCCGGCUUCCCCGGCCUGAAGGGUCGCCGCGGCCUGGCCGGCGACGCGGGCGUCGGCGGCGAACGCGGCGAGCCCGGCAGACCGGGUGCGGCCGGCGCCACCGGCGAGGCGGGCCCGGCCGGCCGCGACGGACGCGUCAUUGGCGGCGAACAGGGCGAAGAGGGCGGCAUCGGCUUCCGCGGCGUGGACGGCCUGCCGGGCUUCCCGGGCCAGAAGGGCUCCCCGGGCGACUACGGCGACCGAGGCGCCGGCGGCCCAGACGGGGAGGACGGUCCGGCCGGGCCGCUCGGCGCCCCCGGCGAGCGCGGCAUCGACGGCCUGCCCGGCCGCGACGGCCGCGUGGGACUGCCCGGCCGCCCCGGCGCCUCCGGCCGACCGGGCGCUGACGGCGACCGAGGCAUGGACGGCGACGCCGGAUACGACGGAUUCCCGGGACUCGACGGACUGGCAGGUGACCGCGGUCUGCCCGGUCUGCCGGGCAUUGACGGCAUUGCCGGCCUGAAAGGCGAGCUUGGCGAGCCGGGCCUGCCGGGCACCAGCGGCCUGCCCGGCGCCAAGGGCCUGGCCGGCUUCCCCGGCCGGCCCGGCUUCCCGGGCUUCGCCGGCUCGCCCGGCCAGAAGGGCUCCACCGGCGACUUCGGCGCCUUCGGCUUCAAGGGCGAGGCGGGCGAGGCGGGCCUGCUCGGCUUCCCGGGCGCGCCGGGCGCCGCCGGCCGCAUGGGCAAGCCCGGUCGCGACGGGUUCCCCGGCCGCGCCGGCGACCAGGGCCGACGCGGACGCGACGGCCGGCCCGGCGACGCCGGUGCCAGGGGCAUGGACGGCUCGCCGGGCGUGGACGGCCGGGUCGGGCCGGCCGGCGACAUCGGUCCGCCCGGCCUGCCCGGCGAUGACGCGCCGCCCGGACCGCUGCCCAAGCCCCGCGGCUUCUUCUUCACCCGGCACAGCCAGACGUCGUCGCUGCCGCAGUGUCCGCCCGGCACCACCCGGCUCUGGGACGGCUACUCGCUGCUGCAUGUCACCGGCAACACCAAGGCCCACGGCGCCGACCUCGGCACUCCCGGAUCCUGCAUGCGCAAGUUCUCCACCAUGCCGUACUUGUUUUGUAACGUCAACAACCAAUGCGAGUACGCCCAGCGCAACGACUACAGCUACUGGCUGAGCACGCCAGAGCCGAUGCCCAUGAUGAUGACGCCCAUCGUCGGACGAGACAUCGAGAGAUACAUCUCCAGAUGCUCCGUCUGUGAGGCCGAGACGCUGGUGAUCGCCAUCCACAGUCAGAGCAUGGACGUGCCGGAGUGUCCCACGAACUGGGAGAGCAUCUGGAUCGGCUAUUCGUUCCUCAUGCACACGGACGCCGGCGCCGAGGGCGGCGGCCAGUCUCUGGUGUCGCCCGGCUCCUGUCUCGAGGACUUCCGGCCGUCGCCGUUCAUCGAGUGCCACGGCCACGGCCGCUGCAACUACUUCACCACCGCCUUCUCCUACUGGCUGGCCACCAUCGAGAGCUCGACGCAGUUCCGUCGGCCGGUGCAGCAGACGCUGAAGGCGGGCAGCCUGCGCCAACGCAUCUCGCGCUGCUCCGUCUGCCGCCGGCAGCGACCGCGCGACCUGCCCUCCCCCGGCCAGAGCUUCUCUCGCAACAGGUUCUUCCAGUUCUGAGCGACGGCGGAGACAUCUAGCGACGAAGGCAGUGACCUCUAGCGGCCCCUCGCCAGGCCCCGUCGGUGACGACGCCUAGUAAAGGGGUAGUGGUGCGGCCGCAAGAAGUCCGUCGCUGUGAUAAUCAUAAACUCGCCGGCCGGUGCGCGCAAGUGCAGGAGAGGGGCUGGGAAGCGCGCGCCAGCCGGGUCGCUUCAGAGCCCCAGUUUGGCUACAAAUGUGUCCCGCGUGCGACGAAACGGGGAAAAUCUGAGUCGGAACAAUAACUUUUAAACGAAUGUACACAGUCAGAUCUUCUUUUGGAUUCGCGUUGCGUUGUUUAUGUUGUGUGUAGGUUUUGUAUGGGAUUUUCAGAUUACUGUUCGCUGAAAACUAACACGGACAAUAACGAGUGACAAUAACGCUCCGUGUAAACAGUGCCGCAUUGGAGCAAAUCCAUAUGCCCAUAUUCACGACACUGUCCAGCUUUUGUGUUUCUACAUUAUGAGCGUCAUAGCGUUGUAUUUUAGGAUGCAGAGAGUUUCGCAGGAUACAGCUACCAGGGAUUUGAGCUUCGCGUCAGGGCAAGGCCAGAACCCACGUUGUAGCCACACUGGGGCGCCUAUCACUGCCAUGGUAGACAAUUUCACUGCCAAGAAUAAUCGCUACGUACGCAGAAGCCACCGCGAAGGUUAUCUCAACGUGGCUGUCAGCGAUGAUUGUCUGGUGUAUGUUCUAGUCGCUUAGAGUACUAAUUCCAGGUUUCCGAUCUUAUUUCAUUCGGAUAGCUGCAUAUAUGGCGGUGCUCACGAGGGCUGGGCUAGGUCAAAUCUGACAAUAAAAUGCCUGUUGAAGCUUGACCAACCAAAAUAAAGUGGACGAUCGUCUUUUAA